AUGAUUUUUUAUCUCUGUGGUGCUUUUGUUGCUCUCUUGAUGGUUCGACUUUAUCAAAUACUUCCGGAUCGAAUCAAAAAUUCAAACAAACAUUUAAAGAAAGACUUGAGUAAUAAUACAAGUAAUGCAGAGCCCUCGCGACAGUCUUCGUCAUUACGAAAAAUUAAAACUCUGGUUGUACUCGGAUCAGGUGGCCAUACUGGAGAAAUGAUGGAUAUGAUUCAGUCACUCGAUCCCAACAAAUAUUCCUUUGAAUUUGUACUGGCUCAAACUGACGAGGGAAGUGAAAAAUCAGUACGACAUUUAUUAAAAGACAAGCCACAGUUUCAUCCUCUCUCAUUUCAUAGAAUUCCAAGAAGCAGAGAAGUUCAUCAAUCUUACUUUACAUCGGUAUUUACAACUAUUAGGGCAUUUCUCUACACUACAUUUAUCACAAACUUUACGAUUAACCCAGAUCUGAUCAUUGUAAAUGGUCCAGGAACAUGCAUUCCAGUUUGUUUAUCUUCAUACAUCACUCGAUUUCUUGGUAUUAAGCGAGUGAAAAUAAUUUUCGUGGAGAGCGUGUGCCGUGUUGAAUCUCUUUCUGUUUCAGGUAAAAUCAUGUAUUUAUUGGCUGAUCGAUUUCUUGUACACUGGCCUCAACUUCAAAACAAAUACUCAAAGGUGGAAUACUAUGGACGACUGUGUUACUAA